AUGAAGAGGGCAGCGUCUGAUGAUGGAGAUGGGGGUGCCAAGAAGGCCCCCAGGAUGUCACCGGGGCCGAGUAGGCGAAGCCCCAGUUAUUCGAUUGAGACCGAUCCUUCGGAGGACCCAGCGACGAUUCCUCCGGAGAUGUUGACCCCCAGGGCAGAGGAUUCUGCGGAGGGCGGCUACGAUACAGACCCCUCGGAGGAUCCUUCGGAGGAUAGCUACGACACGGAUCCGUCUGAGGACCCACCUAUGAUUCCUCCAGAGUCUCCGAUCCCUGGAGCAGAGGAUCCCGUGGAGGAUGGUUAUGACACAGAUAUCUCGGAGGAUCAGGCGAUGACCCCUCCGGAGCUUCUUACCUCCACGGAGGAGGAUAGUUAUGAGGCAGACCUAUCGGAGCCUUCUUCUGGGACUACGGAGGAGAGGAUUUCUUAUGGUACGCCAGUUAUUUCUGCUAAUGAGCACCGUGUCAGCCCGGCUACCUCGGAGAGUGCUCUGGCUUUCUCUUUGAUCUGGUCACCAGUGAGCCGGGAUUUGUCUGAUCGUCCACUCGAUACCCCCUCCGACUCAGAUGCUGGUUAUAGUGGAGGCCAG